CCAUUACCAGAUUGUCCCCUCCCCCUCCCACGUUCUCGCUGGAAGCCAACAUUAUAGUAAAAUUACCACCAUCAACUGUGAAUUCCGCCAUCUCCAUCCUUCUUCUUCUGCUUCCUCGGAUUCCUCUACCAAUGAAUCCCUCCCAAAUAAUAAACCCAGGAAGAAAAGGACGAAAUUUAUUUGUCCUUUGCACUCUGCCAUUCUGGGCUUUGUACCCCUGAAACCAUAAUAACAGUGCACCAGACGAGUGAACGGAGCUUUGCUCGGCACUACACGACAAGAAAGCCCACUCCCUUGCCCGGCCCCUUCCCUUUUCUUCCUCGCAUCGUCAUUAUCACACUCUCUGUAACACAAAUCCAUUCCCCAAAAUCUCACUACUAAGUGGAGGAAUUUAGUGAGCGAGCGAGUGAUAGAGAGCUUGGAGGUAGCUUUCAUGGCUGCUGCUGUGCUGCAAUGAUUCUUUCCCGUUUCUGGCUUCUGGGUUUGCUUUGAAAUCGCCAUUCACAUGCUCCUAGGCUGAUCUACAUUGCGACCUCAGUCUUUGAAUGGGGGUUUGAGUGAAAUCCCAUCCAUCAGAAGGUUGAUAUUUUUUCCUGGGGGUGGAAAAGAAGAGAAGGGAGAGAUGCUGUGCGCUUGCUCAGGGGAGCAGCAAUUUCGAUUCGAGGAGGCGCCGCCGUCGCCGGUUUCUCUAGCCACCAGAGAUUUUUCCGCCGGCGGCCUCUCUUCCAGGACAGCCGGCGAAUGGGAGUCCAGCUCCAAACUCGAGGAUGUUCAAGUCGAUGAAGCUGAAUCCACUCUCAAAGAGGCUCUUUCCUUGAAUUAUGAGGAAGCAAGGGCAUUGCUGGGACGGCUGGAGUACCAGAAAGGGAAUUUCGAUGGAGCACUUCAGGUGUUCCGGGGAAUUGACAUCAAGGGCUUGAAACCCAAAAUGAUCAUGGCCAUCGUUGGAAGAACCCAGCAAAGGAAGCCGCGUUACAACAAGGGCGAAACUCCCCCGCCAUCAACAAGUGGAAUGUCCAUGAACUCAGUCACUCUACUUCUGGAAGCGACCUUGCUCAAGGCUAAGUCACUCGAGGAAAUGGGACUUUUCAGAGAGGCUGCAAAGGAGUGCCGAGUUAUCUUGGACAUAGUCGAAUCAUCCCUACCGAAUGGCAUGCUUGAAGGCGUUCCCAGGCACUUUAAGCUAGAGGAAAUGCUACACAAGGCUCUAGAGUUACUCCCCGUUCUGUGGACGAGGGCAGGCCAGCUUGAUGAAGCCAUUGCAGCAUAUCGAAGAGCUUUAAUCAAGCCAUGGAAUUUGGAACCUUGGAGGUUGGCUAAAGUGCAGAAGAACUUGGCUUCCAUGCUACUCUACGGUGCUUUUGAGACCAAACUUCCUCUUCACUUGCAAUUGUUUGGCCCGGAUACUCCCAAAAGCAACACCGAAGAAGCAAUCCUUCUGUUAUUACUACUCAUGAGUAAGGUUGCCUGUGGUGAAAUAAAAUGGGAUGAAGAAAUCAUGGAUCAUUUGACUUAUGCACUCACCAUUACAGAUCAGUUUGAGUUAUUGGCAGAACAUGUGGAACAAAUUCUCCCAGGCGUGUACAAUAGAUCUGAGAGAUGGUAUGUUCUUGCCCUAUGUUAUCAUGCUGCUGGUCAGAAUGAAACUGCUUUGAACUUGUUGAAGAAAGUUUCUGGGUUUUCCGAGUCUAACCACAAACCUAAUGUGAGUUCUUAUCUUCUGGGAGCAAAACUGUGUUCUUUAAACCAAAUGCACUGCCGGGUAGGCAUUACUUUUGCUGAGAAAGCAAUUGAUCUGAGCGAACAUUUCAAACCUCAAGCUCACAAGUUACUCGGUAUCUGCCUUGGAGAUGCAGCAAGAAGUUCUGUGUGUGAUUUAGAGAGGAAUCAGUUGCAGAAGGAGGCUUUGAGCUCUCUGAAUCAUGCAGCUCUAACCUGGAAGGAGGAUUCUGAAGUGUUGUAUGCUCUUGGAGUGGAGAACUCGCUUCAAAGGAAUCAAGAUGCAGCAUUUCAGAAUGCCAUGAUGUAUGCUGAAGCAGUAUCUGGUAACUCAGUGAAAGGGUGCAAGCUAUUGGCCCAUGUAAUUUCAGCAGAUCAGCGGUUUAAGGAUGCUGAAAUGGUAGUCGAGUUCGGUUUGGAUGAAGCUGGAAGGAUGGAUCAGUUGGAGCUUCUUAGGUUGAAGGCUGUUCUUCGAGUUGCUCAGGAACAACCCAAAGAAGCAAUAGAGACAUACAGAUUGUUGCUAUCUCUUAUUCAGGGACAGCGUGACCUACAGGCGAAAAGUGCAGAUAAUCAAGUACAGAUCUUUGCAACUGGAAAUGCAGAGAGGAACUUGGAGCUGGCAGCAUGGCAAGACUUGGCUGCCAUAUACAUAAAACUCGGUCUAUGCUCAGACGCUAAGAUUUGCAUUGAUAGGUCCAUGCUUAUGGAAUUCUUCUCUCCCAGAGGUUGGCAUACAACAGGGACAUUGUUUGAAGCUCAAGAACUAUUCAGGGAAGCCCUGGUUUCUUUCUCAAUGUCACUGUCAAUAGAACCAGACUAUGUACCAAGCGUCGUCUCAACAGCAGGGGUGCUGAUGAAACUCGGUGGAGAAUCCAUUCCAAUUGCCAGAAGCUUUCUGAUGAACGCACUGCGUCUUGAUCCAACGAAUCCUGAGGCAUGGAUGAACCUCGGGUUGAUCUCAAAGCAGCAAGGGUCGUUGCAGCAAGCUGCAGACUGUUUUCAAGCAGCUUAUGAGCUGAAACUGUCUGCUCCACUGGAAGGCUUUUCUCCUUGUAGGCCAUGAUGUUAAAACAGACAACUUUCACAUCAAAAGAUCAAAUAAAGUUGGUUUAUGCAGGAAGUCUUCCCACUUGGCCAUCAUCAUUUAGCAACUGUUGUAGUUCAGGAAUCAUGGAAUGACUUUGUUAUCAUUUAAAUUUGUACAGGAAUCAUGGAUCAUGGAGGUGGAAUGAUAAACUGAGUUUGGGAAUUCUAAUGGUAGUCUUCCGAUACAUUGAUACUGGUGGACAAAUGCUAGGAAACCACAAAUUCAACAGCGGCUAUUACCGAGCACCAUCAUCAUACGCGCCAGAAACAAGGAGCUUAAGAAACCCAAGCUCCAUCUCCAACUCCAGACUCCUUUGCUUCUCACUUUCCAGCUCCAGCUGCAACCUCUCGUUGGCUUCUGCCAGCUGCUCUUCCUUGCUCAACAAGCCAACUUCCCCUCCCCCCAACAACCCAAUCAAAUUCACAACCUUCUCCCUCUGAUCAUCCAAACUCUUCCUCAGCACCACCAAGCUCCCCACCAUCGCCCCUCUAUCCACCCCAUCUUCCCCGAUCCCUGACGCGGCCGCCGGCCAGCUCAUCUCACUACCACUGCCACUACUGAUCCCACCGGAAUGAUCGUCACUCGUCGUCGACCGGUCCAACUCGGUCGGGUAAACAGGUUCAACCUUCAACCCGUCCAAAUUGAAGUUCCACCCACUGAUCCUCCUAACCUUGACAUUAUUAUUGUGAUCCUCGUCCUCCUUAGGCUGACAUUUGUACCUAUUUUCCACGCUAGGCAACCCGGAAAGCACAUUCCUCACCAGAAAAUCUGGCCCUUUACAGUUCCUGAAAAACGAACACUGCUUCAGAAGCUUAUCAGCAGACGGCCUCUUCCCAGGGUCCUGAUUCAGGCAGCUCGCCACCAUGUCCUUGAAACUUUUCGACAACUUCUUCUUCUUCUUGUCACCCUUCUCGUAGAAGUCGGCGAAGUGGAACCGUUUGGUGAUCUUCAUCAACAAGGAUUUGGACGGCGGGAGGUGGGACAUUGGCGGGCAGCCGUAGGCGAGCUCCAGCGCGGUUAUGCCGAAGGACCAAAUGUCGGCCUUGAAGCUGUAGCCGUUGUGGGAGUGGAUCACCUCUGGCGCCAUCCAGUAGGGUGUCCCGGCCAUGUCCGUCAGCCCACCACUGCCGUGGGCCCAGUUGUUGUUGUUGGGCUCGUAGACGGAAGCGGAGACGCCGAAGUCUGCUAGCUUGACGUGGCCCGCUGAGUCCAUGAGGAUGUUCCCGGCUUUGAUGUCGCGAUGGAGGUGGCCCUGGAAUCAAAACAGGAGUUAGCAUAUGGUGAACUAUGUUUAUCCUUUGUCUGGAACAAGGUUGUCAACCCGCGGGUUGACCCGGAUCUGGUCGAGUUAGUGGGUCAAGAGUUAAUGGGUCAACCGUUUUAGCCCGAUU